AUGGAUUGUCAGCAAGAAGUUGAAGCUUCCAAUAACAUAAUUGCAAUUCCUGAUCCUCUCACCAUUCAUGUUAUGGUUGUUGAUGAUGAUGCUAUUUCUCUUGCUGUCCUCUCAAACUUGCUCAAAACUUUGAACUAUCAAGUUGCUUCAUUUGUCGACCCGGUUCAAGCUUUGUCCACGCUUCGGGCGGGAAAACAAUCUUUUGAUCUCAUUGUGACAGCUCUCCAUAUGUCAAAGAUGAAUGGUUUGGAGUUAACAAAGAGAGUAAAUGAUGAAUUCAAGCUUCCUGUGAUUAGCAAGCUUCAAGCAUUUGAAACGCACUCGGUCUCAGGUUCAAAUGAAGUAAUAUCGUCAGAAAGGAAGAAGAAGAAGAGUUCAAUAGAAAAGGAUCAAGAGAAAUCAAAUGGUAAAAAGGAAGUGAAGUCUACAAGAAAAAAACCAAAGGUGGUUUGGACAGAUUUCCUUCAAUAUAGAUUCUUGCAAGCUGUUCAUUUCAUUGGCUUGGACAGAGCUGUUCCAAAGAAAAUCCUUGAAGUCAUGAAUGUGCCUGGUUUGACAAGGGAAAAUGUUGCUAGUCAUUUGCAGAAAUAUAGAAUCUUCCUUAGAAAAGUUUCAGAAAGAUGCAUGAUUGCACCAACCAAGACAACUGAAGAAAUCCUGUGGUCAAAAUUCCUCUCCCAACAUGCUUCAUUCAUGUUACAAAAUGUCCAACAAAAAGGAAACUCCCAUCUCAAUCCUUCUCAAAACCCUAAUAUCCAUCCUUUAAUUCCUAUCCAUCAAACUUGUUCAUUAAACCCUAACAAUGGCGACGGUCACUCCAAGCGUAAACCAUCGAGUUUCGAGGCAUACCACUUGCCCUACUACGGUCUAGGGAACCCAACAAGUUUUAUGACCAACUUCACCGGUUGUCCAUUGCCAAUAACGAACCAAAAUUACAAUGCUCAAGCUUUCAACCACAGUGGUGCUCAGUUCCCAAAUUUGAAUCACCUUGAGGAUCCUUCUUAUCUAGGUUGUUCAAGCUUCUGUGGCUAUAACAACUACAACAAGUUCCCGGUCGGCUUUGGCGAGGGAGUUCCGAUGGCAACUCAGAUGGGGAUUCCUUCAAAUGGAUUUGAUGGAAAUGGUGAGUUUGGUCAAUAUGGUAUUGGAUUUGGUGGGAGUCAUAACAGUUACAAUUGGGGGUUGAUGUGUAAUAAUAAUGGUGUCAACUUUGGUGGGGAUUCUCAAAUCACAAUGAGGCAUUCAAGUCAUCCUCUUGGUAAUAAGAACCCUGUUGAUAAUUCAAUAUUCCAUCAACAACAGCAGCAACCUAAUGGAGGUUUCAUGAAAGACCAAAGCCAGCAGUUGUGCAACAUAGUGUCCACAGCAGCUGAAGAAACUCCAACAACUGAUCCUUUAUCCAUUGAUGAACAGGUUUUGGACGAAUUCAUGGCAUCGUUGCUAAAAAAUGAUAGCCCUGCACAAGGCUAA